CGCUUACACCAAUCUACCGUUCAACAAGCUUGAACCUUGGGUAGCAUUGAAGGAGCCGUCCGCUCCUGCCCUCUCAAUUACACAGUACGUCUCUGUCCUGUACAUGUAACCAGAACAGAACUUUCAUGUCAAGAUCGUGAGAGCAGCGACCGGAUAAAGAUGACUACGACACCCACCCCCACCGUCUUCGUCACGAGCGCAACCGGCAGCCAGGGCGGCGCGCUGUGCCAUCUCCUCCGUGGGAUGGGUUGGAGCGUUCGCGCGACGACACGGGACGCUUCCUCCCCCGCAGCGAAGGCUCUGAACGACGCCGGCGUGCAUCUCACACCGGGCAGCUGGGACGACGAGGACGCCCUCCACGAAGGCCUUCGCGGUUGCGACAAGCUCUUCCUCUGCCUCCUUCCGAAUCUGACCGACUUCGAUCAAGCGCCGCGACGCGCCGAGCUUAUUACCCGCCUUGCCCGCGAAGCCGGAGUCGACCACAUCGUCGCGUCCACCACGCUCGGCUCCUUCAUGGUCGAGGAGGGCCACGUUCCUCCUGUCAAAAUUGGCCCGUUCUUCAGUGCCCACAUUCAGAGCAAGAAGCGGGUCGAGCAGGCUGCCAUCGAUGGCGGCUUCCAGUAUUGGACGGUGCUGCGGCCGGGCUUCUUCAUGGCCAACUUCGUCGAACCCAAAAUCCAGUUUGGGUACACUGAAACAAAGAAAGGCACCUGGACGAACUCCAUGACGGCCGAUUCGCCGCUUGGACUUGUCGAUCACGUCGAUAUUGCCCGCUUUGCCGCAGCGGCUUUUCAGGACCCUGGCAGGUACCAUGGCCGGACGCUGGGAGUCGUAAGCGAGGAACUCCCCGUUCAGGAGGCAAUGGACCAGCUUGCCGAGAGUAUUGGAGAUGGCAGGUCAAUUAAGGCUGUAUUUAUGACGGACGAAGAGGUUGAAAGGGAGCAGGCAAAAGGCUCAUGGCUCUUCUUUUCCUCGGAGCCGUGUAUCAGAUACAUGUCAAACUACACCGACCUGGGAGAGCUCAACCAAUUUGUUCCUGAGCUCAUGACAUUCAGGAAGUUUUUGAGGAGGGAGGAAGAGGCCGUCAAGGAAACGUACCUGUCUUAAGGAGCAGAGAGAUAGAAUAGGUAGAAGAGUCGCGCGGUAUACUUUGCUACGGAGAACUCGCAGCUGCCGAGCCCCGGCC